AAAUGGGUGAUGAUGUUUUUUCUUAGCAACUUGAACAUGAAUUUACAUCUAUCUUCAUAAUCAUGCAUGUCGUCAGACAAAAAACAAACAUUCACCAAUUGUAAUAUUCAAUUAGGUUGACGAUUAUUAAAAGCUUCCAUCUUGUGAAACGUUGAACACUGGGAACACUUAACACUAUUUUCUUUAUGGACUCCUUAUAAAAAUAAACAUUUUAUCAAACAAUGAGAUUAUAAUCUGCGAAUUCAAGACAUUUUGUCAUUGUUUGUGUAGAACAAGUUGCAAUAGCUAAAGACUAUGGAAUGAAUUUGGAUAACCUCCUAACUUUUCUUAUCUUUCUGACACUUCCAAAGUAAACUAUGUUUUUUCUUGCUAAUAAUGAAGAAGUCUCUCGCGCCAGUGUUUCGGUGUAGAUAAGCUGAGAGGGCCCAGCUGCAUCGACCAACUCUGCCACUUCCUCUUGUGUCCAUGAACAGAAAACUUAGUAAAACAUUAACCACUGUGUUUUCACUGGUGUGAGUGUGUAAUGUAUGUCUGAUAGUGUGUGUUUGACAUAUGACGGCUGGUUACUGUAAAAGAGAAGCAGAGAGAUGAUCGAGAUGGAGGGGGGUCUAUAAAAACUCAAGCAGGAGGAGGAAACAAGAUCAUUCGCUUUGGAUGCACAAGAGUUAUUUUUAUAAAAGAAGAGGAGCAAUUUGUGACAGAUUAAGACUAAUCAAAUUUUAGGUUCAGCUCAUAUAUGCAUUAGUUGGUUAAAAUAUUUCACAUAAAACUCAAGGCUAGACAUUUGGGACACCUGGAGUUCUCAGGAUAUUAUUAAAAACCUAAUAUUGUUUCUGGUCAGAGGUGUUUUGUAUCAGUGACAAAAAUGUGUUCAGGCGGUUUUGCAAAAUGUUUGGGGAUCACUCUGCUGCCCCUUUCAAUCAUUUGUGUUCUUUGCAACAUUCUUCUUUUCUUCCCUGGUGGGAACUCUGUGGACAGCGCUAACAUCACAGAAGAGGUUUGGUACUUUGGAGGCAUUCUGGGAUCUGGAGUGUUGAUGAUCUUCCCAGCUCUGGUCUUCCUGGGUCUGAAGAACAAUGACUGCUGUGGUUGCUGUGGCAAUGAAAGCUGUGGGCGGAGAUUUGCAAUGCUCAGUUCCAUACUCUUUGCUGCUGUGGGUGUUAUGGGGUCUGGUUACUCCGUCGUCAUCUCUGCUGUGUCCAUUAACCAUGGCCCCAAGUGUAUAUUAGCCGAUGAGACGUGGGGUACUCCCUUCUCAAAUGGCGACUACCUGUCUGACAAAAAUAGUUGGUCCAAAUGUUCUGGGCCAGAUGGUGUGGUUUCCUGGCAUCUCGUUCUGUUCUCCCUGCUACUGGUCAUGGGUUUGAUUCAGAUGGCACUGUGCGCAGUGCAGGUGGUGAAUGGACUGCUGGGAGCUCUGUGUGGAGACUGUAGCUGCUGUGGUGGGAGCGAUGGAGCUGUCUGAGAUGCUUCCAGCUGCACUGCAACUUUGAUGGCGUCUGAAUUUUCUGCACCUAAAUCAACUUCUGACUAAUGCGCUUGCCUUUGAUCUGACUUACUCAAAGGCUACUGUAGCGAACACAGUUGUUUGUUUUUUGUUUUAAUUAUUUUUAUUGUUUUGAACUGAACUCACACUCAACUCUCCAGUCACGGAAACAGAAAUCAAUGUGAUUCAAAUAUAACAGCAGCGUUUACUUGAUUUCAGCUCAUUUCUCAAUCUUAAAAAAAAAAAAAAAUCAAGGAGUUAUUUCAACCCCCUGGUAGAACAAUUCUAAAAAGCAGCCAUUUUGUCAUAAUGGAAUAUUACAAAAAGGUUUUCACCAUGAAUCCUUUAAUUUUAUGUCUCUUGACUGUUUUACAACAUAAACCUAAAUAUUUGUUACUAAACUAAAUAUGCUAAAGUUAGCUAAUUUAGCUAAGCAAUGAUGAACCCUUCAAAGACUGCCAAUGUAACUUAUAAAUCUUUCUGUUAAAUAUUCUCUGUCGCAUUUUAUUAAUGAUUUUAGGGAACAAUGUUAGGGUGAAGUUCUAUUUCCCUUUUUAAGCAAACACGGAGGUGUAAAGCUCACCAGCACAGCUCACCACUGGUAAAAAAACAACAAAUCAUUACAGUGAUAUAGUGUUAUACUUUAUAUGUAAAUCCUCACAGCUCUGUCAAACCAUAACAAAAAUAAAUUUCCUUUAAUUGCUACAAGAUUGCAUGUCAGUUCUAGCCUUAUUUCUACAAACUCAAAACUUCUAUGUCUCUGGCUGUAAAUGUAUGAGUAUGAAGUAACAACGCUACUGAAUAACACAUUUCAAAAUAGAACAAUACAGUUAGGCUUAUGUACUCUGAUUGCACACUGGGCAUAGACAAUGCGACUGGCCAAGAUAAUACUGUGCAGACCAGUUUACUAUAGCAGGAGUUCCCAAACCUUUCCAUGCCAAGACCCUCCCCCACUGCCCCCCGCCCCAAACAGCAUCAGCUACUGGCUGGGGACCCCCUUUGCACACCCACAGACAUUGCUACUAUAUGUAAAGACACGUCAACUUUUAAAAUCUAUUUUCUUAAUUGAAUUCACUACUCAAUAAUUAAUAUAUUUGUAUAAGAAAAUUAUUAACCAACAUGUUUCCAGCACUGUAUAUUCCCACUGAAUAAUAAAAAAAAUAAACUUAGUAUGCUCCUUUAGUCUCCAUCUUGUGCAAGCUAGCUAUGUGCUAGCUGCGGUGUGGUAUUCUGGCCAUGGCACAAUGUACCAGUCCAUUUAGGGCUUUUGUCAUUUUAUGUUUCCUACGUCACCUUAUUUUAGGGAUUAAGUUUAGUUUCUAAUUAAUGUUAAUUACACAUCAUCUUUAUACGUCAGACAGUUUGAUUUGCUUUUUGAUCUGUCCUAUUGUGGUGUCUGGUAAAGAACAUGUUUAAAAGCUACAUUAUAUAAGAAAUGUUGACAAAAACAAGCUUCACUUCCCAGACCUAUGAAUGCAGUUUGAACCAAAAAUGUGCAAACUCACAAAAAUAAAUCACAUGCCUGAUAAACAAUCUUGCUUAUUAAUUUGUUAACUGGACUACAAACUCUCCACCUGUUAUAAGUAACUAUAAAGUAAAAAAGAUACUUUGAUAUGGUGGUUUUCCAUCACCAACCCCUUAAAGAUUAAAAUUAUAUAUAUUUUAUUUUUAUCAGCAUAUUGACUGUGUGGAUAUACUGCUGAGCACAAAGACGACAGUUAGGUUCAUCUACUGCUCACGGCAAAGAACAUGUUGAUGGAAUCAAAGUGAAAAAUGACAGAGCAAUGCUCUUAAAACUGUUGCGUAACAAGACGUGCACUGCAAUUAUUUCUUUGAAACGUGACACUUUUAGAACAGGUUCAAUCUGUAUUAAACAGGAAGGCCAUUUAGCCUAAUUAGUUGUAAUUAGUGAAUAAUUGUUAUAUCUUGGGUGUGUGCUGGAGCGCCACCUCAUCUCAGUCUGCCUAAAUACUACUUUCACAUCACAGUGAAGUAUUUAAGCACAGGUCCUCAGUGGGACUUAUGAGGUAAAGCACGUCGGAUUGAGAGAGCUUUACAGGAUAAACCAUUUUUCUACUGACACAGAAUACAUUACGAAGUCUCUGUACAGUAAGUCUCACACUUUUUAUGUAUUAGUCUUUGUACAUGUCAGUCUUUAAAUUUUGCUCACUACUUAUUCACUUUCAUCAGUGAGUUUAAAUAUCUUUAAAUGUCUUUAAAGUUUUAAGCUGUUAAUAUGUAACUUCUCCUUCUCCAUCUGAGUCUUUGCUUUAAAAAAAUACAAUUUUAUAGAUUGUAAAUAUGCAAAAAUUAUUGUGUGAUAUAAAAGAAUAAUAAAAGAAUAACAUUUUUACAAAACAUAUUGGCAAAUACGUUGAACACUCAAGUAUGGUAUAAUUUUCUUACAGUUGCAUAAAUGUGCAUAGGUUAAGGCUGACACAGAACCUGCGUCCAAGAUGAAAGAGGUAUUUGUUUGUUUUCUGUGGAUAUAAAUAUAUAUUUGCUAUGUUAACAAAAGAUAAGCAAAUUGUGAUUAUGAGAAACAAACUUACACUGUCCAUGUGUUCUGUUGGCCAACAGUUUCAAAUAACUGUGAUUGCUGUCACUUUGUGCUGCUUGUUGCUGUGUGUUGGUAAGUUUUAUACCAUGGCUUUUUACUUCAUGUUAAAUGAAACAUUUUUUGUGAGCUGUUGUAUCAGGUGUUAAAAGCAGUGCAUCAUCUAUAAAAUUUGUUUUAAACAGGGAGCUCAGAAACUCAAACAAAACAAGCAAAAACAGAAAAAACAAACCAACAAGAUGACAACCAAAUUAAAACAGGUAUACCUUCUAGUUGGUUGAGAGACCUAAGGAAAAAAAUCCUGCCUAAAGACCAAGAGCAAACACAGCACGAAGAAAAUAAUAAAAGUGGUUAUGGAAAUGAUGACAAAAGUGAUGGACAAGAUAAAUCUAAGGAGCAAGAUAAUUCAGAAAAACUUAUUAAGCAUUCCACACAGAAUGAGAAAUAUGACAACGACAAA